ACCCUUGUAGCUGGAGUAUGGUUACUUGUUCGGCUGAUGGCUAUGUUUCCGCUUUGGGACUUCCUAGUCUGAGCUUGUCCGGGACUCUUUCUCCAGGGAUUGGAAACCUUACAAACUUGCAGUCAGUAUUGCUCCAAAAUAAUACUAUUUCUGGUCCUAUUCCGGAUACAAUUGGGAAGUUAGAAAAACUUCAAACGCUUGAUGUCUCGAACAAUUUAUUUACUGGAGAAAUACCAACCUCCUUGGGAGCACUACAGAACCUUAAUUAUUUGCGUUUAAAUAACAACAGCCUUACUGGAUCCUGCCCUGAGUCUCUGUCCAACAUUGAAGGUCUCACACUUGUGGAUCUUUCAUACAAUAAUCUGAGUGGUACCAUUCCGAAAAUAUCAGCAAGAACAUUCAAAGUUGUUGGUAAUCCUUUAAUCUGUGGGCCCAAGGCCGGCGACAACUGUUCUGCUGUCUUCCCGGAGCCUCUUUCACUCCCACCAGAUGCUGCAUCAGAUUCUGGAACAAAUGGCCAUCAUGUUGUUGUUGCUUUUGGUGCAAGUUUUGGUGCUGCUUUUUUCGUCAUACUUCUUAUUGGUUUAUUUUUUUGGUGGCGAUAUAGACACAAUCAGCAGAUAUUCUUUGAUGUCAAUGAUCAAUAUGACCCUGAUGUAAGAUUGGGCCAUUUGAAGAGGUAUACAUUUAAGGAGCUUCGGGCUGCAACAGACCAUUUCAACUCAAAAAACAUUCUUGGAAGAGGUGGGUUUGGCAUUGUAUACAAAGGGUGCUUGAAUGAUGGAAAUUUGGUGGCUGUUAAAAGGUUGAAGGACUUCAAUAUAGCAGGUGGUGAAAUCCAAUUUCAGACAGAAGUGGAGACUAUAAGUUUAGCAGUUCAUCGCAACCUUCUUAGGCUCAGUGGCUUUUGCUCUACUGAGAAUGAAAGGCUGCUUGUUUACCCUUAUAUGCCAAAUGGAAGUGUAGCUUCCCGCUUACGAGAUCAUAUCAAUAGUAGGCCAGCUUUAGACUGGACAAGGCGUAAGAGGAUUGCCUUGGGUACAGCUAGAGGUCUACUUUAUCUGCAUGAACAGUGUGACCCCAAGAUUAUCCACCGUGAUGUCAAAGCAGCCAACAUCUUGUUGGAUGAAGAUUUUGAGGCAGUUGUCGGAGAUUUUGGGUUAGCCAAGCUCUUGGAUCACAGAGAUUCCCAUGUGACUACAGCUGUGCGUGGCACUGUUGGCCACAUUGCCCCUGAGUACUUGUCGACAGGUCAGUCAUCAGAAAAAACUGAUGUCUUUGGUUUUGGGAUCUUGCUUCUUGAGCUGAUAACUGGUCAGAGAGCCUUAGAUUUUGGACGAGCAGCAAACCAGAAAGGUGUUAUGCUUGAUUGGGUAAAGAAGCUCCAUCAUGAAGGAAAGUUGAACCUUCUGGUGGACAAGGAUCUAAUGGGCAAUUUUGACGAGGUUGAAUUGGAAGAAAUGGUUCAGGUUGCCCUGUUAUGUACACAAUUUAAUCCUUCCCAUCGACCGAAGAUGUGUGAAGUCUUAAGGAUGUUAGAAGGUGAUGGUUUAGCUGAAAAAUGGGAGGCCUCACAGAAGGUUGAGACACCCAGAUUCCGAUCCUUAGAAAACCCUCCUCAAAGAUACUUAGAUUUCAUAGAAGAGUCUUCACUUGUGGUGGAAGCCAUGGAACUUUCUGGCCCUAGGUGACAUUAAUCUAUAACUACUAUCAUCACUUCACAUCAUUUAGUUGUAGAGCUUUAAAACAAGCAAUCUGCCAUUGUCAAAUGCACGUAUUCAUCUGUAAAGAGUAAAAAGAAAAGAGGGGAAAGCCAUGUAUAAGUAUUUUUGUGGAAAGAAAUGUAAUUCAGUUGAUUGUUGUGGUUCUA